AUGCGCGGUGGCGGCGGACCGGCUGGCGGGUGCGUGCUUUUCUCCUCGCCAGCUCUUCACGCGGCGGAGUGGACGGAGCAGGGCUCUCGGGCCGAGGGGACCAUGCAGAGGGCGUCCCGGCUGAAGAGGGAGCUGAGCCUGUUGGCCACCGAACCGCCUCCUGGCAUCACCUGCUGGCAGGACACGGACCAGAUGGGUGACCUGCGAGCGCAAAUAAUAGGAGGGGCCAACACGCCUUAUGAAAAAGGCGUGUUCACGCUGGAAGUGAGCGUUCCUGAGAGGUACCCAUUUGAGCCUCCGCAGGUCCGGUUUCUGACGCCCAUCUAUCACCCGAACAUCGACUCGGCCGGGAGGAUCUGUCUGGAUAUCCUCAAGUUGCCGCCCAAGGGCGCCUGGCGGCCGUCCCUCAGCAUCGCCACGGUGCUGGCUUCCAUCCAGCUGCUCAUGGCCGAGCCCAACCCGGACGACCCGCUCAUGGCCGACAUCUCCUCGGAGUUCAAGUACAACAAGCCCGCCUUCCUCAGCAACGCCAGGCGGUGGACAGAGCAGCACGCGAGACAGAAGCAGCAGGACGAGGAGGUGCCUGGGGGCCCGCCGGCGGCCGGAGCACCGGGCACGGCGCAGAAGAGGAAGGCGGGGCCGCCCGGAGGCCCGGGGAAGAAGUUCUGCGACGGCACCUAG